GCGACGGCGGCGGCAGCGGAGCUUCGUGGGGCUGCGCGGAAGGAGCACCGGCUCAGCCUCUGGGAGGCUCAUGACCCUGAACUCAUGUGCCUCGAUGAAGCUGGAAGUCCACUUUCAGCAGAAACAGAAUGAAGACUUGGAUGAUGAAGACUUCUGUGCUAUUAGUGAACGAUGGGCCUUCCAAAGAAACAGCAAAAGGUGUUCCAGAAUUGACUCAGAUGAAUAUAUUGGAGAGAACUUGCAGAAAGACUCCAUGAUGAGGAAAUUUUCCAGCCAGGAAAAUAUCCUCACAGACCUCAGUGCUGACUUGGAGGCCACUUCACUCCACGUCACCAGCAGUACUGGUGGGACCUCGGCUGUUGUGGUCAUGCCACCCCAUUCAUCAUCCACCCAGAACUCUCCAACCUUAACCAACUCUAUCCAAAGCUUGAGCAACUGUUCACCAAAAGCCUGGACUUCAAAUGAAAACAGCAAGGAAAAACCGAAGAAACAUCAAACACGGAGUUUCCUCAAAAGAAUUGAAUCUCUAAGAAGGAAGGACAAGGAGAAAUUGGACUCUGCUAAAGCUCACGAUGGGGAUAGAACUCAUAUUAUGUCUAGUUGGAACUCCUCAAAGGAUGCCAGGGAACCUGUCUCUGGGACAGAGGUUGCAGUAGGAAAUGAAAUUUCAUGUUCUUUCUACAGCACUAAAACCCUUCUCUCAACAGGCUGUUGGACUAAUCAGCCUCUGGCCUCAGUUGAAAACAAGCUGCACUGUGAGCCCAAACAUGAUAGCAUUUCUUUAGAGGAUUAUGAAACAACUCUGAACAAGAAAUGGGAUGCCAGAAGGUGGGAUUACCAAAUUGCAUUUAAAAGAGAUUAUUUAUUCCACAUCCCAGGGGACUACAAGCCAGGCACUUUCCCCAAAUCACUCUCCAUUGAAAGUUUAUGCCCCUUGGAGAACAGCUGUUUGGCAGACUGGAAAUCUAACUCCAAAGCCUCAAGUCCUUUGGCAGGUGGAAUAGGCAUCAGCAGUAGCAUCCAUGUGGACAACUCUUCUCAUGCCCUGGAAUACCAUCCAAGGAGGCUUUCAAGCAGUUCCACAGGUAGCUGCACCAGCCUUUAUGAUAAUGUUCCUGAGUUUGGCAGUGGAGAUGAUCUCUUUGAUCUGGACCAGGAAAUGAUCUAUGAAAACCUAGAUGACAUCCUGCAGCAUGUUUGGGGACUCCAGCAAAAAGUAGAGCUCUGGUCAAAGGCAGUUAGGUUGAACAUGGAGGAUGAAACUAUUGGGGUGGAGGAAAGGGACGAGGAGACAGAUUCUGGAGAGGAGCCCACCAACCUGAACUUGGAGAAUCAUUCCAUGUCUGACAUCGGUACUUCCACCAGCGACUUUGAGAGCACUGCCAACUCACUGAAUGAGACUGAGGACAUAGAAAUGCGGGAACGGAGAGACUCUGGAGUAGGUGCAUCUCUUACAAGGCCUUGCAGGAAACUCCGCUGGCACAGCUUCCAGAACUCCCACCAGCCCAGCUUCAAUUCAGCCUCCUUAGAGAUCAACCGCCAGUCUGCAGCUCAGCUGAACCUCCUUCAGAAGUGCUCCCUUCUCCUCCUCACUGCCCUCAUGGAGAAGCACUCCGUUCCCCACAAGCAGUCCUGGGCCUGGACUGUUCCCAAGUUCAUGAAGAGGAGCAAGCCCCCAGACUACAAGGGGAAGAUGGUCUUUGGAGUCCCAUUGAUUGUCAGUGUCCAAAGGACGGGACAGCCCCUGCCCCAGAGUAUCCAGCAGGCCAUGCGCUACAUCCGAAGCCAAUGCCUAGAGCAGGUUGGCAUUUUUCGCAAGUCUGGGGUGAAGUCCCGGAUCCAGGUCCUCAGACAAAUGAGCGAAGCCUCUCCUGAUUAUGUGAAUUAUGAAGGGCAAUCAGCCUAUGAUGUGGCUGACCUUUUGAAGCAGUACUUCCGUGAUCUCCCAGAGCCUGUCUUCACCAGCAAGCUGACGGACACAUUUCUGCAGAUAUACCAGUUUGUUCCCAAAGAGCAGAGGCUGCAAGCUGUACAGGCCACCAUCAUGUUAAUGCCGGAUGAGAACCGGGAGGUUUUGCAAACACUGCUCUAUUUUCUCAGCGAUGUUGCCUCUUCUGAGGAGAACCAGAUGACAGCGGGAAACCUGGCUGUCUGCCUCGCCCCCUCCCUUUUCCACCUCAGCGUCUCCAAGAAAGGGAGCACUUCUCCAAGGUCGAUUCACAGGAGGGGAACUGUGGGAAAACCAGACCAAAAAGACCUGAAUGAAAACAUGGCUGCCACCCAAGGCCUUUCCCACAUGAUUGCUGACUGCAAGAAGCUGUUCCAGAUUCCCCAAGACAUGAUACGGCAACUCUGCAACUCCUACCUGUUAGCUGAUGCUCAGCCACUCUCCCUACCUAAGUUGAUGAGACAAAAUCUGCAAGGAGAAGUCCAGGAUUUCCACAUAGACUUGGAAGCCAACAUUCAAGGCCUGCUGAAGGAAUCAUCAGAACGCUUCAAAGGUUGGAUCAGCACAUCUGGUCCCCAAAACACUGAGCUCUCGUGCAAGAAGGUUGAGGAUGUGCAUCCCCUGAGGCUCUGGAAGGUGUCCACUGAAGUGGACGCACCGCCUCACGUGGUGCUCAAGCGAGUUCUCAGGGAGCGGCACCUUUGGGAUGAAGACCUGCUGCAGGGGAAUGUGGUGGAGGCUCUGGACAAGAACACAGAAGUGUACCAUUAUGUGACCGAUAGCAUGGCCCCACAUCCACGGCGGGACUUUGUUGUCCUCAGGACAUGGCGUACAGACCUACCUCGUGGAGGUUGCCUCCUUGUUUCCUUACCUUUGGAGCAAAAGAAGUUGCCACUGGAAGCUGGUGUCAGGGCCAUGGUGCUAACCUCCCAGUAUCUGAUCGAGCCCUGCAGAAUGGGACACUCAAAGGUGACACACAUCUGUCGAGCAGAUCUCAGAGGGAGGUCUCCAGACUGGUACAACAAGGUCUUUGGCCAUCUCUGUGCUGUGGAACUGGCCAGGAUUCGCGAUUCUUUCCCAGUGUUCAACCCAUGUGGACCAGAAACAAAGAUCUGAAGACGUGCCACCAGAUGGGUAGACUUCAAAUAGUAAUGCUUUGGGAGCAGAACAUUGGUAUUGAGCCUUUGCUUCAUGGAGUGCAGAUUCCUCCCUUUCUCAAGGAACAUUAGAUCCAAAUCUCCCUAAGAAUCAUGUUCCUGUUUUAUAGUUCAGCAACAUGUCUUACUGCUUGGAGGUGAUCCGGAUGUUAAGCUUUGUGCUAGUGGUUACUUCUCCAUAAAUAAUCUCCAGGAUUAGAAGAAGAAUGCUUCUGAACACCCUUUACUAAAAGACACAAUUGUGAAGAAGUUACUGAGCUUCUGCCUUGCUUUUGGGUUCUCAAUAUGCCUCUGGUUAUUGUGAGAACAAGAUGUUAGACUAUCUGGUCUGAUCCUGCAAAUUCUGCAGAUCUUCUCAUGAUCUUCUGAGAAGUCUACCAAUCCUCCUAUUUCAGGGAAUGCAAGCUUUAAAACCCCUUUAAAGGACUGGUCUGUUGUGUUCAGGACUGUCUUCAGUUGUACAGCACAUGAUGUUUAAUUAACCAAGCUUCAAGUUCAGUGACUACCAUCGCUUUAUCUAAGGACUGGGUUUGUCCAAGCCAUUUCCCUGCAACCUUUGAAAAAUGCCCCAAUCAGGUUUGAGAGGAUUGGAGAAUCAGUAUUAGGAACUAGCCUCAGCACAAAAUACCUCCUUACAGCUAUUUAAUUGCAAUCACUCUUUCAUUAGUAGGUAGGUGUACCUGUGCAACACAGCACCUGGGAAGAACCAGGGGAAUAGCAGAGGGUGGAUGGAAUGAAGUCAAAUAGGGCAAAUUGUUAUGUUUAAGCAUAAAGGAAUGGUAGUCUUGGAGAUAGGAAAGGAGAGCUGUGUGUGUCAGAGGUACUGCUGUACGUGUGAGGUUUUCAUUGCUGCAUUUGACACAGAAACAGGCAUGUGUGUGUGAGAAAGAGCCAGAGCAUGCAUAUACUUGGUUAUGAUGCCCAUAACAUGUUGUUUGCUGCUCUUACCAUUUUGUUCAUGUUGACUACCAUCUUGUCCGUGGUACAAGGCCAAAUGGGAUUGAAACUAUUCCAGUCCUUGUCCUCUUUAGCUUAGGUGGAUAGAAUGCUCUUGUUUCUAUGAGUCUAAUAUUUUAGACUAAUGAGAAUUCCCCAGUAAUUUUAAGAAGUGAAAAUCAAGACAAUGGAGGAAAAAUUGGAACUCCUGGACUUCUCACUUCUUUUCCUUUUCCAUAAGAUAUAUGAAUUUAAGGUUCAACUCAGAUACCUGAAUCAAAGCUUUCAGGUUGUUAAACCAAGUGAAAUCUUUGGGUCUUAAACCCAUGGAAUUGAGGGAAUCUCUUAUCAUUUUGUAGUUCACAUUAUUUUGGGGGGUGGGACUCAGCCUUAAAUGCUACUGUUGGCAAAGAGGUGGUGCAUGUAGACAAGCUAGCCUGUCCCUUUAUGACCUCUGUCAUCUCAAAUACUUCAGGAAAACUGUUCUUAUGAUGGGAAGAGGGGAAAGGGGAAACUCCAGAAUUCUCCCUCACCAUUUUGAUACUCUAAUCCUUCUAAAUGUACAGUUUGACCUUGGUUAAUACUGGCCUGUAAGCAUCCCAGUUUGUUCUUUAACCAGAGACCCAGCUGACUGGACAGCAUUCCAUCUGGAAGGUGGAACCCCUAGUCUGUUAGGAAGCUAAGUGGAUGGCGUGCCACAGGUGAUUCAGCUCAUUGUUCUUGCCAGCUUUCGUAUGGUAGGAACUUCUGUGCUGUUUGUGGGGCUUGUCUGUAUCAUUACUUACUUACGGGACUAUUAUUUUUUAAUCAACGUAAAUGUUACUUUCCUUUGGUAACUGUAAAUAUUGUACAGUUGGAACAUUAAUUUAAUAUAUAACGACUGAGAGAGCAUGUGAACAGAUGCACUCCCACCCACAGAAAAGCUGUAUGUUGUAUUUAAUGAAAGUUUUGUAAAAUACUGCAGAGUGUUGAAUGGAGAGAAGUUCCUCCUCUGUUCGUAUGGUAAAGACGAGCGUAGCUCUCAGCCUCCAGUACCCCAAUUACUUCGGAGACCGUCUGUGGAAAUGAAGUCCUGAAGUGAGA